AAUAUUGGGUCUAUUUUGAAAAUUCAUGUUCGGCAACUUUUCUCACGCGGUCUUUGAGGGAAAAAAAAGAGGUAGAAAUAGAAACGAACUUCCAUAAUCUGACAGAUUCUCUCUUUCUCUGCGACUUCUCUAAAGUUCGGAAUUGGGGUCUCUUCGGAUCGAUCAAACCCUAGAGAAUGGUGAAGAAGAAGGUCCCGGAGUGGCUAAACAGCACCAUGUGGGCCGCUCCUCCUCCCCAUGCCGUCGACGACCGCCUCCUCCGUAAUUCCUCCGCCAUCACCAUCUUACCAGCGAAGACGGAGCCACCGCUUGCCUCCGUCGCCGCUAAGCAUGAUCCUUCUCCUCCUCCGGCCUCCCCGGCUCCAUCUCCUUCGCCUAGUUAUUCUCGAAACGGCAACAAUGUCUCCGGCGGUGAUGGGGAAAAUGGCGCCUCCGUUGGGCUCUCCCCCGAGGAGAUUUCCCGCCAGGCCCAGCUCGCGUCGGAGUUAUCGAAGAAGGUGAUCAAUUUGAAAGAAAUUAGAAGUAUGGCAUUGCAAAGUCUCCCAGAUGCUCCUGGGAUUCGCUCGACUGUCUGGAAGCUUUUGCUUGGUUACCUUCCGUCUGAACGUUCCCUUUGGUUGUCUGAAUUGGCUAAGAAGAGGUCGCAAUACAAACACUACAAGGAGGAGCUUCUAAUGAGUCCUUCAGAAAUCACACGGAGAUUGGCAAAGUCUAAGGGCUGUGACAAUGAUGAGUUGAAGAGGGAAAGCAGAUGCAUGCUUGUCAGAUCAAAGAUAACUGAUGAGGAUCAUCCGUUAAGCCUUGGCCAAGCAAGCAUCUGGAAUAAGUACUUCCAGGACAGUGAUAUUAUAGAACAGAUCCAUCGAGAUGUCAAACGCACGCAUCCAGACAUGCCCUUUUUCUCCAAUGAAUCAUCAUUGGGACAAUCUAAUCAGGAAUCCAUGAAGAAUAUAUUAAUGGUGUUUGCAAAGUUAAAUCCAGGCAUCAGAUAUGUUCAAGGGAUGAACGAAAUUUUGGCACCUCUUUUCUAUGUUUUCCGUAAUGACCCUGAUGAAGAUAAUUCAGCCCAUGCUGAAUCAGAUACGUUCUUCUGCUUUGUUGAACUCUUGAGUGGAUUUCGAGAUUUCUACUGCCAACAGCUGGACAAUAGUGUUAUGGGAAUCCGAUCCGCAAUCACAAGGUUGUCACAGAUUUUGAAGGAGCAUGAUGAUGAACUUUGGCGUCAUCUAGAGAUCACAACAAAAGUAAAUCCUCAGUUUUAUGCAUUCAGGUGGAUUACUCUCCUCCUAACGCAAGAAUUCGGUUUCUUUGACAUUCUUCAUAUAUGGGAUGCCCUCUUAAGCGACCCUGAAGGUCCUCAGGAGACGCUGUUGAGGAUAUGUUGCGGAAUGCUGAUUCUGGUAAGGAGAAGGCUCGUCGCUGGGGAUUUCACCUCUAACCUGACGCUCCUCCAGCACUAUCCCACUUCCAGCAUUCCCCAUCUCUUGUACGUUUCCAACCAAUUACGUUCCAACAUUUUAGUCUGAUCUUUUUGUUAAACCCAUUUCCUUUACUUUCUUUUUUUUUCCAAAUUUGAAAUUCGUGAGUGUAUAUAUAAUAUGUCAGAUCGUUGAGUUU